AUGUCGCGUUUGUGGGACGAUGAUGAACCGGAUGAAAUCGUCGAAAUGAGUAUUCAGCCGCUGCCCCGGCACCAACUAGUGGAAAUGGCCCCCGAUCAGCUAGUGGAAUUUGAGGGUAAACAGCAAGAGUCAAUGAUCCGCCAGACCCUCCAAUUUGCGGACCAAAUGAAAUCUUGCGAGAAAAUAGUUGAGGCCGCCUAUACGGUGGCCGAUUAUACCCCACCCUUUCAAAAUGAUCUUCAAAGUCAGUUUUGGACACAAACUGUGAGUUAA